CGGCAACAGCAAAAUUUCCAUCUGCGACCGACGCAAUCGCUUCGUGAUGGUGGACCACGUGCCGUCGGGGCCGAUCUUGGUGAGGGCGAGAAAGAGCAAGAAUCCGUAUCGGAUUCAUGAAAGCGUCCAGUUGGACAUCAUCGACUUCAUCGAGUCGGGCAUUGGAUUCUCGGACGAAGAGGUCGCAGCUGCGUACAACGUUCGGCCCAAAGACAUUGCGAAACUGCGACAGAUCAUCCCAUUGAAGGAGGAGUAUGGUGUCACGUCGUUGUCUGGCCGACGCGCCACGCGACACAACAGAGUACCUGUCCCUGACUCGAUUAAAGUUGAAAUCUUGACCAAGAAUGCACUGGCCAAGUUGCCGUCCGCGACUGUCGGGUUAAUGUACGGUGUGACGUGCAUGGCGAUCCACGUCCUGCGCCGAAACCGGGCCAAAAUCUUGCGUCGGUACAAGCUCGGGCACAAGGACCUGCGCGACAGUCGCAAAGGGAGCAGGGACGCCAUCGUACCGUUCGACGAAGAAGUGCUUCGUUGGAUGGAUGCAACCCCGGGUUGCAAGGUCCGGCACAUCCUCGACUUCGCCAGGUCAAUUGCCGCCGAGUACGGCAAACCACCAUGGUUCAAGGCGACGUACGGGUGGUGGGAGCGCUUUCGCCGCCGCUACAACAUCACCCGGUUCGGUGAGUUGAUAGCUGACAUGGAAGGGUACGACUAUGAAGACGACAGCACUCGAUGCGUUCAAAACACAAUCCAAAUCGACCACGAACCGAGGACAAGAGGUCAUUCAGAUGAAGCCAUAUUGAGUAGCGACGACGAAUCUGUGGGCGGCGUUUCUGGGGACGACGGCGAGCAGGCGUGUGUGGCAAUGGAAGACAAAGUCGCUGCUGAAAAACUCGAUUCGGAACCUCCCGUUAGUGACGACGACUCUGUCGCAGCAGUCAGUGACAAUGUCAGCGACGACAAAGUCGAUGAAACCCCCCUCGCCGUCGGUAAAGCACCCCAGGGCGAUGAAAAAGCCGGGUUAUAUGCAUCAGAAGGUGACGAUGCAUGCGAAAUUUACCCUAUCAAGAAACCAAUGCUUGAUCGCGGCAUCGACGACGAUUGCAGGGACUUCCAAAUGGACGAUUGUGACAGCGAGCGCGCACGGAGAGCUCAUGCUGGCAAGGCAACCAUGGGUCAGCCUGAAGAUGGUGCCGAUGUUGUCUCAAACAACAACUUGUGCAAGGACGACGUGCACGGUGACGAUAGAAUUGCUCGGGCAGGCUCGUCCGAAUCGUUGGCCAACGAAGACAAGAGUCCCCGUGAUGGCGGCACUUGCGAAAGUCACAACGAAGCACCGAACGAUCUGUGACGCUCAUGUAACGUAUCGUCUCCGUGUUGGCCACGUUUGUUUUCCAGCAGAACAUGGAUGGCAGGAACGAUUUUGUGAGCGUAGAGCUCCAGUCGGGAGUCCGAGUUCUUCUCAAGUGCACAGGAGCUUGAACGUCGUGGAGGCGCAGGACGUACAAUUUAUAAAACCAUCCUCCCGCCACGUAUUGCCCACGAAAUUAUCCACAUUUCCCUCUGGCU